UAUGCCUGGAAGGGAGGCACGGAGUCUGCCGUUUUCAAUGCCCUCGAGGCCAUCGCCCGCAGUCCCCAGCCGCGCACUCCUGUGCUGGGAGCUCAGAUCACACGUGCUCUAGUACCAGCCGUUGUUAAGAAUGAUUUCCUGCCCAGCCGCAUCAACUGGGUUGUCCAAAGUUCGGCCGUGGACUACCUGCAUUGCCUCCUCGUCUGCAUGGCCUGGUUAAUAAAACUGUACAAACUGCCAGCACGACUCUGCAUCAGCAUACACGAUGAAGUGCGCUACUUGUGUGACAGUCGCUGCUCAGAUCAGAUGGCCCUCGCCCUACAGGUACGUGUCAUCGCCUGUUAA